AUGUCGUUAGUAAGGCUUGUCGUUAGACGUGGGGUUAUAGGUUACAACCCUCUACGAGUGUUUGCUCAAAAGAACCUACUUUUCCAUGGGAUUCGUUACUAUGCAUCGGACGUGGAACAAAAAUAUAGAGAUAAAUUACUGAAUAAUGCUAAGAGACUUGGCUUUCAAUCUGUUGAAGAAUUGAAGGAACACUUGAAGGAUACUAUUGACGAGAAAAAACGACAAUUGAACAAGAUUGAUCCUCUGAAAGAACUUGAAGAAUAUGAAGCGUCUCAAGAGGGUACUAUGGGAAAGAUAACCAAACCACAACCUGCCAUUGAUCCCAAUUUGAAACAAGCCCCAUAUAAGACCCUUGAUUCAUUUUUGAAUUUGAACAAAGUAAAAACUCUAUCUGCAGAAGAAAUUGAAUUUUUAUGGAGAGCUAAAUGGGGUUCCAACGAAAACGUUAUGUCAGCUGUAGUAAGUAAUGAAAUAUAUGACAGAAUGUACAAACAUAUCAGAACUAACCCUAUUUUUGUAUUACCUUUACCUAGACAAUUAGAACCUGAAGUAGAAGUCGCCAAUGACAACUCCAUCAAGAAGGAUGGAAUGGAACUUCAUUAUAUUCAAUGGCAAUUUGUUGGACCCACCACUGUCCAUUGUAUAUUAACUUCAUUAGAAGAGUUUAAAUUACAUAAUCAAUACGCCAGACCUCACACAACUUUGGAAUUUUUCACAGAUCUCUCCAAGGACAAAAACAUCGUGUUAAUGAAGGGUACUAUUGAACCAAAUUCAAAUAUCAAACCACAUGAUGCUCAACUGUUAUUAUUAAAUAUACAACGAUUCUAUGGAGCUCUUGGAGAAGACACGGACAUUGCAAAGAAAAGAAUCAAGCUAUUAAAUGGGUUCACCAAAGGGUCUCCUGACUUUAAUGUUGAUACUCUAAUCGAAUUGGCCCAAUCUUUGGAAAAUUGA